UAAAGGAUCUGAUGAUGACAAAUUGCAUGAGGGUAUUGUUGCUGGGUUGAAACAAAUGUUAGACCAAGAUAAUGAAUUGUCAUUUCGUAUAGCGAGAGACAGAAUGAAGGAACUCGGAGAGGCUAAUGUUAGAGUCCGUCUGAUUGGUCGGAGAAAUAACGAUGCCAGACGAUAUAACCUGCCAACCAGUUCUGAACUCGCUGUGUUGGUUGUUGGCGAUUUUGAUCAAGCAAUGGGUGAGAGAGACAUAUUGGUUGAAACCAAAAGUGGUCUUCUAAAGCGUAUAAAUGAGCUCAAUGCUUCUUAUUUGGCACUACAAUAUCCUCUGUUGUUGCCUUAUGGUGAGGAUGGUUACCGAGAAGACAUACUCUUCGCUGAAGGAAAAAAAACAAGUGAAGAUGGACGAAAACAUGUCAGUGUCCGCGAGUAUUUUGCUUACAGGAUGCAUGAUAGAGACCAUGAAUCGGCUACUAUUGUUUCAGCAAGAAGACUGUAUCAACAGUUUAUUGUUGAUGCAUAUACCAUGGUCGAAUCAUCGAGGUUGCGAUAUAUUCGGUUCAAUCAAAAGAAACUUCGUUGUGAAAUUUAUAACGGUUUGGUCGAUGCAGUUCUUCGUGGUGACACAGAACCCAGUUCCCGAGGAAAGAGGGUUAUUGUUCCUUCUUCGUUCACUAGGGGUGCUCGGAAUAUGAUUCAGAAUUAUCAAGAUGCAAUGGCUAUUUGUAGAUGGGCCGGUUAUCCUGAUUUGUUUAUUACUUUUACAUGCAAUCCGAAAUGGCCGGAGAUUGUUCGUUUUCUUGAACCAAGAAAUUUACGGCUAGAGGAUCGACCGGAUAUUGUCUGUAGAGUCUUUAGAUCGAAAUUGAAGGAAAUGAUUAGGGAUUUUCGUACAAAGGAGAUAUUCGGCAAAGUGAUUGCAG